ACGAGCCGUAUAGUGAUAAAACACGGCCAUUAUCUAGGUUUAAAUCAGGUUUAAUACUGAUAUAAAGUUUAAAGGUUUCCCGGGGAGGUUGGUUCGGAUCACAGCAGCGGCAGCAGCACGGUCCAGGGCCCCGGAUAGACCGCGACAUUGAAGCAUCCUUGACCGCCUGAUGGGAGAUGGAGACCCGGCUAAUGUUAGCAGCAGGCCGGUCCGGUCGAGCUCACACUCGCUGCUUAUUAUGGGUGACGUGGAAAAAGGAAAGAAGAUCUUCGUCCAGAAGUGUUCCCAGUGUCACACAGUGGAGAAGGGGGGCAAGCACAAGGUGGGCCCCAACCUCUGGGGUCUUAUAGGACGUAAAACGGGACAGGCAGAGGGCUUCUCCUACACAGACGCCAACAAGAGUAAAGGGAUCACAUGGACUGAGGAAACCCUGAUGGAGUACCUGGAGAACCCCAAGAAGUACAUUCCUGGAACCAAAAUGAUCUUCGCCGGCAUCAAGAAGAAGGGCGAGCGCCAGGACCUGAUCGCCUACCUCAAAGCAUCGACAUCAUGAAACCGUUCAGACGGCCUGAAGAUUUGACUUUUUGUUUUCUUUCUGAUCGUCUACACUCUGUGUGGUUUUAUGUUUAGUCGUUUGUUCGGAGGAUUUGAUGGUUUUAUUCAGGAACAGCAGCUCUUUGAUGUGUUCAUACAAGUGACAAAACAUAAAACUGUAUUAUUUUUUUCUGUGAAUCUGUCCAAAUUAUCACAAUAUAAACCUGCUCACGUUAUUUAAUCUGUUCUUCAUGACUUCGUUAGAAACUCGUCCAUCAUCAGUAGUGAUGCAGUGGAAACAGGUUUGCUGCUCAGUCUAAAUUUCGGUGGUUUCUCCUCUUCACCUCUGUUACUGCUGAAGACCUGAGGCCUCUGUGUGCUUCCAGCACUGCAGUCUGCCUCUACACAGCUAAGAAAUGAGGCAUAUUUAAUAUUUAUUACUGCCUUCAUAAAACACCAACCACAGCGAGGGAGUGUGAUUAACAAGGUUAGAAAAACAAACCAACUGUACCAGUUUAUUGACCUGGUUUCACAGGCUGAAAAACGGUUUUAUUGUUUGUAAUCUGCAUUUUAAAAUACUUCCUAGUUGUCUGAAUGUGGACAGAGAUUUAAAGGAUCAAUAAAAGAAAAACUUUA